AUGAGCAAAAUUGACAUGCUCCAAUAUAUGAAAGGAACAGAAAUGGCCGAUUAAGAAGCAAUGGUUUCUGCUCUGUAGUGUGAAGAACAAAAAAUGAAAAAUAUUAGCAUUCUCUGUCGAUUCACUCGUUCAAUUCAGAGAAAUAUGCUCUGCUCAGUUGCUGGACUUGUCCACAAUACCCGUCAUGCCUUCUCCACUUUACGAGAGGAUCCAGAAUUAGACGAAAUGAUGGAGUUUUUGGACAGUCUCAAGAACUUCGAGAAGGCAGGGGUUCCCAAAGGCGCAGGAACAGAUUCCGAAGAUGGUUUUGAUUUAGGAAGAAUGAGACGAUUGAUGGAACUUCUGGGUAAUCCCCAAUCUAGGUUUAAGACUGUUCAUAUUGCUGGAACAAAAGGAAAAGGAUCAACAGCUGCAUUUCUCUCAAGUAUACUGCGGGCAGAAGGUUAUUCUGUUGGUUGCUAUACUAGUCCACAUAUACAGACUAUCAGGGAACGCAUAACCUUGGGAAAAUGGGGUGAGCCAGUAUCAGCCAAGGUAUUGAAUCAUCAUUUCAACACAAGGAGGGAGGUUAUUGAGAGGGCAGUGAAACUUGAGAAUGGAUAUCUCAGUCAUUUUGAGGUUUUUACUGCUGUUGCGUUCAGCCUAUUUGCUGAAGAAAAUACUGAAAUUGCAGUUGUGGAGGCUGGAUUGGGUGGAGCACGAGAUGCCACUAAUGUUAUUUCGGGUUCUGAUCUUGCUAUAUCAAUCAUAACCACUGUUGGCGAGGAACAUCUGGAUGCACUUGGGGGCUCUUUGGAAAGUAUAGCGGUGGCAAAAUCAGGAAUAGUUAAAAAUGGGCGUCCACUAGUUAUAGGAGGUCCAUUCGUUCCAUCUAUUGAGUGCAUUCUUCGUAGGAAAGCAUCUUCUAUGUCUUCACCAGUGGUAUCAGCAUCUGAUCCUGGAAAUCGAAGUGCUUUGAGAGGCUUCUGUGAAGUGAGUGGCAUACCACGCCAAUUAUGUGAUAUAGUGCUCCAGAUUGAGAAGGACUAUGAUCUGUCUAUUGAACUUCUAGGUGUGAAGUUACGCAUGCUUGGAGCUCACCAACUUCAGAACGCUGUAACUGCUACAUGUGCAGCAUUAUGCCUUAAUAAGCAAGGAUGGAGUUUGUCCAGUGGGGCUAUUCGUGCUGGUCUGGAGAGUGCAUUUUUGCAAGGCAGAACCCAAAUAUUGUCUUCAGAAGAAGCUAAGUUACUUGGAGUAUCUGGAGCAACUGUACUACUUGAUGGAGCACAUACGAAGGAAUCUGCCAGGGCUUUGGCAAAAACGUUGCAGAUGACAUUUCCGAAGGCAAAAAUGGUUCUUGUGGUUGCUAUGGCGAAUGACAAGGAUCAUCUAGGUUUUGCAAGCGAGUUACUUUCAGUUGGGGAUUUGGAUGCUGUAUUUUCUACAGAAGUUGACAUCGCUGGUGCUAAAUCAAGAAUGGCUUCAGCAUCUUUAUUGAAAUGUGCUUGGGUCAAUGCUUCCAGAGAGAUGAAUAUGAAGGUUCUUGACCUCAAAGUUGCAGAAAGUGAGGAUCAAUCUCUUCAAGCUGCAGGGAUAGUGAAAUCUCAAGGCAUUUUACUUGCGGAGGGAUCACUAUUGGCUUGUAUAAGGGCUGGUGUUAAGAUCCUCAAUGAAAGAACUGGAGAACAACCUGGAAUUGUAGUAGUCACUGGUUCUUUGCAUCUUGUUUCCGCUGUUUUAGGUUACUUGCACAGCUGACUCCUAUUUGCCCAGUUGUUGACGCCAAUUUAACUUAUUACAUGGAUCUCUCUGGCUUUUGGAGCAGGAAGAAAAGCAUACUUCUCUUCUCACACUCUUAUAAGGUAUUAGGGAACUUUAUGCAACUUAGGAUCAGUGGAACAGGUUUGCCAUACUGUUUUAGGGGACAUGCAUUUACCUUGUGACAAAAUCGGAGCUAACCUGCAGAAGUCUAAAGCUAACGUCAACUUAGCCCUACCUAAUUUCCAUUGCUAAUAUGAUCUCAGUUCAAAUUCAUCAGCUACAGUAGCAUGCAUUCCUAGCAACUAUUUGCUACGGCUAUUUUUACUAGUAUCAGACACAGUUUAUUUAGUGCAAACGCUUUAAGUUGAAGAAAAGUUUGUUGUGUAGUCUUGCUUGGAUGGUUGUUGCCUGUUUUACUUUAAUGUUUGUUUUUAUUGUAUUAUUGUGUUGUUAAAUUCAUUUUUAUGUGACGACGAAAAGUUCAUUAUAAUUGAUUUGGUGUGAUGA